UUGCAGUGGCAAGAACGAUGAUCAUAAAGUUUUUCAGUUGCUGUGGUUUCCUGUUUGUAGGUGGGAUAUAGAGAUGCAAGUGUGUUUGGUAAAUUUACUGUGAAAAUUAGUCUUGUGAAUGAAUUAUGAAAACCGAAGCGCCUGAACCGAAGCACGCAUUGUUUUGCAGUGGAACAUUUCGGUGGAUGAUGCUGUGCUUGUGACAAUAUAAUGUACCAGUAUGUCAUUCCCGUAAUUGGUGUUUGUGCAGGUUACAAGAACCCCACAAAAUGCCACAAGAGUGGGAGGCAAGAUUGAGAAAUUAUGACUCAUUGUCCGCCGUAACGAAGCAACAAAUUAACAUUUAUAGUUCAAACCAGGCAAGGAUUUUAACAGACAGACAAACAUCCGUGUUCUGUGACACUUUAUUAAAAAAAUGACCCCCUAUUAUUAUUAUUAUGACUUUAAAUCUUGCAAUGGGGCACCACAAAUGUAUGAUCUGUUGCGGUCAAUUUAACAUACUGCUUUCUAAAAGGAGGUUUUCCAGAAAAUCACGAAAUAAUGACUUUAUCUUCUGGGUCUAACAUCUGACAAAUGAAAAAAUUAAGAAAGAAAUGCUAUCAAAUCUGCAUGGAGACAGAAAACUGAACCUUCAGAUAUAAGAUACGAAACAAGAAGGGAGGUGAAAUGAGCGAGAGAUCAGCCAGUUACAGAGAUGAAGAGGGAGAAAAAAUGAUGCUGACUGGUGGAAGCGACGGAACAGCGCUUUCUGUGAGCCUAUGAGGAGGUAGAGAGCAAGAGCAGCGAGGGAAGAAACCUGAAAGUGAAGUUCUUUGCAGCAAAGGCCCUGUAGAUCAGGACACACCUCGGCGGGUCAUAUGAAGUAAAAACAUAGGAAAAUUAACUUCGGCAGAUAUGAGCAUAUUGGGCAACUGACGAAUGGGAUUGCUUAAGUUUUGGUUGAGAGGUCAACUUAAGGAGAACAAUUGAGGAACAAGUAGUGAGGGAGUAAGAGUAAAAAAUGGUGGCACCGUCAGUGUGAGCCUUGACAUAGGUGUGAUUUGUGUAAUUGCAGCGUGUGUGUGUGUGUGUGUGAGAGAGAGAGCUGGUCGGCACUUUGGUUGCAGAUUUCUGCUGAGAAGAGCGUGUGGUGUCUCGAUUGACUUGAUAGCUGCUGCUGAUACUGGGGAAGUAACGUGCCAUUUAGUGUCAGCUUGGUUGACACGCUACAGUGAAAAAGACGACUUAUUCAUCUACAAUUUCGGUUAUGGACUUCACUGCACUGCUGUCUGUGGUAGGCGGGGCUCUCUUCCUGUCAAUCAUCCUUGCAGCCAGUCUUUGCACAUACUGCUGGGGACAUAAACAACCAACAUCCAUCCAUCAGAGGUCCAGUGACUCAGAAUACAACGCAACAUCAGGUUUUGUGGUUCGGCAUCCUGUGUCAACAUAUGAGCACCAUACGGAUCACGGCAGAAUCGGACCCUACCUACCCAAUUCGCUCAGUUCACCGUCUAUCACCGUCACAAAGGUGCCCUCCUGUCCUCCCUCAGAAACUGGAAGUCAAGCCAGUUAUGUGAAUCAAAACGGUGAGGAAGGAAUCAGCAGUCGUGCCAAUGGCCAUGAGAGCGACGAUGAGCCGUACGUUCAGCCUCCAAGCGAAUACAUAGUUGUUCUUCCAGACUCGCCAGUCACUCUGUCUCAGAGACCCAGCAGAGCUUCAUCCCAGAGCUCAGGAGAACCGUACAUAAAUGUAGAAAAGGAUGAGAAUGUGCCCGAAGUUAUAUUUGACUACGAGAUGUAUGUGGAUGAAUCGGACUCAGACAUUCCAGAUUAUGAAAAUUGUAAAAAUUCUCAAGACCAAAGAAAACAAACCUAUAGUCUGUCCUGUGGAAGUCAAAGCAGUGAUGAACGGGAUAGCUCCGAUUAUGUCAACACAGACCCUAAUUUACAAUAAUUAAGGAUUUGCCUUUGAUGAAAUGAGCAAAGUAUCAUCCGUCUGCCAGGAGUUCAGAUUUACCUGUGCCUUACAUUUUAUAGUGCUUCACCACAGAAGACUUCCCUCAAUCCUGACGAUACCUGAGAAUGUUUUUAUAUAUACUUUAAGUUAACAUUUGCUGUUUACUGUGUACUGCAUCCAGGCUUUUACUUUCAAAUAUGAUCUUUUCUUCCAUGUAAUAUAUAGCUUUUCGACUUAAUGAACAUGUUAACUAUUGGUUUGUAAAUGGCAAAAUACAUUUUACAAUAAAAGUUUUACAAUUUA